AAAUAUAUUAAAAACCACAAACAUUAUUGGCACUGCAGAAGGAAGAUCAGAGUACGGCAAUGGAGACAGAGCGUGGAGACAGGGGACGAUACGGCAACGACAAAUCGGCAACCGGUUUCAAGGAUUUCGUGCAUAGACUGCCAGCUUACAACAAGGGUUUACUAAAGCAAUGUGUGUCAUUCCACUUCUACAAUUUUCCUGAAGAUUGGGAAGCGAAGCAACUUUUCUUUUUCAUUAGGCGAGCGGUGAAAGAAGGAAGACUAUGGGAUAUCUUUAUACCGAGUAAGAGGGACAAAAGGGGCAAUAGGUAUGGUUUUGCUAGGUUCUUGGACGCCAGGGACUAUCAGACGAUGAAGAAGCAACUAGAAAACAUGUGGAUUGGAAACAGAAGGGUGAUCUUUAACCCUGCAGAGGAUAGAAGAGAAGAGCGACGCAGAACGACUUCAAAGCUGUCAGAGAAGGCAAGAUGGUUUCAAGUACAAAAGGUGAUAGAGGCAACAGGAACGGACAAGGUGGAAGAGAAGCUGAUGAAAUGUGAUGUCGGGAUGGCUUUAUCUCCUUCUAUCAUUCCAAGCCUUCUAGAGAUUUUCUUUAAUGAAGGAUUUCCAUCGAUCAAAAUUGUUCCAAUGGGAGGCAACUUUGUGUUAAUCAACGGUGACGACCCGGAGAGUAUACAGGAGUUGGUAGAUGGAAAUCUUGAGUGGGUGUCUCACUACUUUGACCAGGUUAAAAUCUGGUCACCAUCAGAUAUUGCAGAAGAAAGGUUCGUUUGGGCAAGAAUUCAGGGGCUACCACUGCAUGCUUGGACUGAAGAAAACUUACUCAAAAUUGGUAACCAAGUGGGUAAGUGUGUAUCAGUUGACAAAUACACUCUCUCUAAGGAGUGUUUGGACGUAGCAAGGGUCCUAGUAUCCACCAAAUAUAAAUCGGCAAUAAAUGAAGAAUUUAUCCUUAGAGUGAAGGGCAAUCGAUACAAUAUUGCUGUGGUGGAGGAGAAUUGGAGAAAUGAUCCUUGGUGGCUGAAGAAAGUACACAACUCCAUCACUGAAUCAGAAGUGAGUUCAUCGAAGUCUAACCCCGGUGACGAUUUCGGCGAGUUCGAAUGUGACUGUUCAAACGGUCCAAAGGGAGGGGAAAUUCAAACUCCACUCAAAGAUGUCAGUGGCAUUAAUUAUCCUGACAAUUUGAGAGGCUCAAAGCAAGUUGUUGAGGAGAACAGGGAGAUAGGUGGCACACUGUCUAAUCAGGAGCGGGAGAAACAGAGUGAGGGGAACGAAGACAACCAAACAAGAAGGAACCUCAACAGUAACGGUAAAGUUCCAGUAACAAAAGAUCGGGUAGCCCAAGAAAUAGCCCAAUUUAGAAGCCCAAGUGGUAGCAAAUACAAAGCCCAGUGUGAUGAACACAAAUUGGGGUCAGGCAAGAAGGAGGGCAGCGAGUUUCAAGCUUUUGUAAGCCCAAUAAAAUCCCCAAACACUGCUGCAGAAAUUAGAGUUGAAUCAAUGAAAUUGGUGACUAGAACGAAGCGAGGAAAAAGAAGGAAAGCAAGGGUUCAGCCGAUCAAUUUUGGGGGGGUAGGUAACACAAGGCUUUCUAUCAGAAGGGGAUAUUGUCUGCAACAACAGAAGAAUCAAGGAAAGAAUGAUCUCCAAGGAAGCAAAGAAGGUGCUGGAUCUGGGAAAAAAGAUAGGGAUCGAUGUCAAAAAUCGAGAAGAGCUGAUUCUGGGAAAAUUCAUAAGAAUGGAAGAAAGAGACAAGCAGGGGUGUGGUCGAGAGAUACCAAGGCCUUGGUGGGUAGAUCAGGAGGAGUUCUUUGUAUUUGGGAUAAAAAAUUUUUUGAGAAAGUAUCAGUGGUUGAGAAGCCAAGAGCCUUGGCAAUUUUUGGCUUAUGGGGAGAAAAGAAGCAAAAGUGUUGCAUUGUGAAUGUUUAUGCCUCAUGUAACAGAAACGAAAGAAUGGAAACAUGGACAGAGCUACUGAAGAUGAUUGAGGAAGGGGAAGGAUUCUGGGAGGGUUUCAGUGAGCUAUGGGAAGCAUGGAAAAGGAGAGAAAUGGCAUGGAAACAAAAGUCUAAAAUUGAUUGGAUCCAGCAAGGAGAUGCUAAUUCCAAGUUAUUCCACAGAAUAGCUAAUGGCAACAGGCUGAGAAAAAUGAUUCGAGGCAUUCAUAAGGAUGGUUCUUGGGUGGAGGAACCCAACAUUGUGAAACAAGAAGUGCGAGAAUACUUUAGAAAAAUUUUUCAAGAUGAGCAGUGGGACAUGCCAAAGCUAGAUGGGUUACAAUUUAAACAACUCACUGAGGAGAACAGAAUUUGGUUGGAAAGGGCGGUCUCAGCAGAAGAGGAGUUUUCCAGAAACAGCAAGCUGGAAUGUCUACAAACCGCUUCAAUUUCGAUCCUCGUUAAUGGAAGUCCAACUGAAGAGUUCAAAAUGGAGAAGGGGAUCAGACAAGGAGACCCAAUUGCCCCGUUCCUCUUCCUAAUUGUUGCUGAAGGUUUAAAUGUGUUGAUUGAAUCAGCUGUUAGCAAGGAAGCUCUCAAAGGAAUUGAUGUAGGGCCCUUUGGUCUGAGCAUUUCACACCUCCAGUUUGCUGACGAUACUGUCAUCAUGGGGAAGGCAGACCCCGACAACAUUAAAGCAGUAAAAGGGAUAUUGAGAUGGUUUGAGCUGCUGUCAGGUCUGAAAAUUAAUUUCAAUAAGAGUGUGCUUUACUCAUUUAAUGCUUCUGAUGAGUGGGGAAGAAUGGUUGUCGCUGCCCUCAAUUGCAAAUCAGGCAUUCAUAAGGAUGGUUCUUGGGUGGAGGAACCCAACAUUGUGAAACAAGAAGUGCGAGAAUACUUUAGAAAAUUUUUUCAAGAUGACCAGUGGGACAAGCCAAAGCUAGAUGGGUUACAAUUUAAACAACUCACUGAGGAGGACAGAAUUUGGUUGGAAAGGGCGGUCUCAGCAGAAGAGGUGAAACAAGCAGUGUGGGAAUGUGGAGGUGAUAAAUCCCCUGGUCCUGACGGUUUCAGCUUCCAUCUUAUUAGAGCUUGUUGGACAGUGAUUGAGAAAGAUGUUGUUGAAUUUGUGCAGGAUUUUUCCAGAAACGGCAAGCUAGUAAGGGGGCUAAACUCCUCAUUCAUAGUCCUUAUUCCAAAAAAGUCAAAUCCUGAAGAUUUAAAAGACUAUAGACCUAUAAGCUUGAUUAAUAGUCUCUAUAAAAUCAUCUCCAAGGUCUUAGCAAACAGGAUUAAAAAAGUACUACCCAAGGUGAUAAGUGGGACCCAAUCUGCUUUUUUGGGAGGAAGACAGAUCACUGAUGGUGUUUUGAUUUUAAAUGAGGUGAUAGAGGAGAUAAAGAAAAAAAAAGUCAGUAGCUUCAUUUUCAAAGGAAAUUUUGAAAAGUCAUACGACUGUGUAAAUUGGGAUUUCUCAGAUGAAAUGAUGAGGAGACUCGGCUUUGGUGAAAAAUGGAGAAUGUGGAUAAAGGAAUGUCUGCAAACCGCUUCAAUUUCGAUCCUCGCUAAUGGAAGUCCAACUGAAGAGUUCAAAAUGGAGAGGGGGAUCAGACAAGGAGACCCGAUUGCCCCGUUCCUCUUCUUAGUUGUUGUUGAAGGUUUAAAUGUGUUGAUUGAAUCAGCUAUUAGCAAGGAAGCUCUCAAAGGAAUUGAUGUAGGGCCCUUUGGUUUGAACAUUUCACACCUCCAGUUUGCUGACGAUACUGUCAUCAUGGGGAAGGCAGACCCCGACAACAUUAAAGCAGUGAAAGGGAUAUUGAGAUGGUUUGAGCUGCUGUCAGGUCUGAAAAUUAAUUUCAAUAAGAGUGUGCUUUACUCAUUUAAUGCUUCUGAUGAGUGGGGAAGAAUGGCUGUCGCUGCCCUUAAUUGCAUAUCAGGUUCUCUCCCCUUUACGUACCUCGAGAUGCCAGUUGGGGAUAUUAUGUGUAGAAGGAAAGCAUGGAAACCAGUCAUUGAUAAUUUUUCCAAAAAGCUGGCAGUCUGGAAAGCAAAAAGCCUAUCGAUCGGUGGCCGAGUUACGUUGCUAAGGAAGUUCCUAUGGGGUUAUACGGAGGACAAGAGUAAAUUAGCUUGGUUAAGUUGGGAGAAAGUGUGUAGGAAUAGAAGUGAGGGAGGACUAGGAGUGCCAAAUCUUGACUAUAGAAAUAUUGCGUUGCUAGGUAAGUGGUGGGAUAGAUUUGGGAAGGAAGAAGGCAGCUUAUGGAAAAAAGUUGUUAUUGAUAAAUUCUAUGGAGGAGGGUCCGUGUGGGAUAUCAACCAAACUCAACUUAGGAAUGUGUCCACCCUAUGGAGGAAUAUUGUAGAAUUAGGAGAGAAGGGGGGUAACGGCUCAAGAGUGUUAAAAGAAGGUUUUGGCUGGAAGGUGGGAAUGGGAGAUAAAGUCAAAUUCUGGGUGGAUAAAUGGAUAGGAACCGAACCCUUAAAUAUUUCCUUCCCUCGAUUAUUUAACUUGACCUCCAACAAAGACGCCCUAGUUAUGGAAGUGGGGCAGUUUUCUAACGACUCUUGGAUCUGGAAAAACAUCUGGAGACAUGAUUUUAUUGGCAGGGAAAGGGACGAAGAACAGAGGAUCAAAGAGAUCAUCCUAAGAGAGCUAGUGUUAUCAUCCCAACCAGACCAAAGAAGAUGGAGCUUCGAUACCGCAAAUGGCUACACGGUGCGCAAGGCCUAUUCUUUGAUGGCUGGUCAAAAUAGAUUAGUAGAGACAAGAAUCUGCAGAAAGCUUUGGGGCAAAUUGAUCCCGUCCAAGAUCAGCUGCUUCGGGUGGCGCCUUAUUUUGAAGGGACUUUCGACGAAAGCAGGGAUACUAAAAAGAGGUAUCCAGCUUCAAGAGGAGGAGACUUUUUGCUGCAUUUGUAUAAAGGAAUUGGAGGAUGACAACCACUUGUUUGCCACAUGCCCAAAGAUCCAAAGUUUGUGGAUGAGAUGCUACAACUGGUGGGGGAUAUCCCUAACCCUGCCUAACACAAUUUCUCUUUUAUGUGAAGCUCACAGUAUAGGGAUCAAAAAGUGGGUGGGUGGAUUAAUGUUGUGAAGCCCAUAGGCCAUAGGAAAGUGUCUGUUGCAAUUAAAUUAAAUGUUCAGGGCAUAGAAACAAGUGGUAGAAUUAAUGCAUUCACAUGUUGGUGCCUCUCCUUUCCCUUUCAUCGCCUAAUGUUAAAGGGACCAUUCACUUUCUCCCUCACCACGUGACACGUGCAAGCCCAACCGUUCCUCUCCUUCUUAGAAAACAUUUUCCCUAAAAUAACAAAAUAAAUACUGGUAAAAACU